AUGAUGGGGGACCAGGGUGAAGGAGAGCAGACGAUGAAACCAGUAGAAGAAGAUUCAGGACGUUCACUGGUGCUGCUGGCAGAAGAGGAGAAUCAGCUCCAGGCAGAGAACCAACAGCCGAGAAAUAAGGAAGAAACAUCUGAGAGAAAUCAGGAAGAAAACAAAGAGCAGCCGGAGGAAUCCAGCCAGGGGGUAAAGGUAGAGUGGAAAGAAAGAGGGAAAGGAGGGAUGGAAAGUGAUGAAGGAGCGGACAUCGAUGAAACUCAAAAGACGUGCAAGAAGAUCCAACGAGAAGGACAGCUGCAGGCAGAGCAACAUCUGGACGUAAAGGAAGGAAUCCCAGAGAAGAUAGAAGUCUUCACAUUUACCGCAGAGAGAGGAGGUGAGUGUCAGGGAGUACAGCAACAGGAGCUGAUAGAGAAUAACAGAAGACCUGAAAUAGGAACAGGCAAAAAACAUAAACCAGAGGAAGAGCCCAAUGUGGCUCAGCAACAGCCAGUCUGUAAGAAAAGGCGUCAGGAAGAAGACAGUGAGCAGACACAGGAGAGCUCCAGAAAGCUACAAGAGCUAAAUGGCGAUGAGGUAAUGUCUGAAGACAAAGCUAACAUGAAACAAGACAUAAUAGAUGAAGAAAUGGAGGAUGUGAGUUACCAACAGGAUCAAGCACCUAUGUGUCAGGAAGACCAAGGGGAGGACAUGGAGCAUUAGAAAAACAGCAGGAAACUCAAAGAAGAAGCAAUAAUCCAGUUACAACAUUUACACCGUGCAGCUAUUGACAGCCAGUCUAUGACAGUUUAAUUUUUCAUUUCAACCACAAGAAAAUAUCGCUGAAUUAUAUUAUUAUUUUUCAGAGGAUAAAGAUCAGCAAACUAGAGAUUCACUAAUAUCUCUUUCACCAAUUGUUUUUAUAUUGUGAUGUGUCCAAGAGAAUGUACAGGACUCUCAUGCAUCAAAUUGUAAGAAGUAAAGAAAGAAGCGUCGGGAAGAAGACAGUGAGCAGACACAGGAGACUUCCAAAAAGCUAAAAGAACAGUAUGACGAAGUGAUGACAUCUGAAGACGAAGAUAACCUGGAGCAAGAAGUAAGAGAUGAACCUAAAGGAAUGGAUUGGAGUUGACUACAGGAUUAAGUACAUAUAAAUCAGAAAGACCAACAGGACGAGGAAACAGCUGACAUUAGGAAACUCAAAGAAGAAUCAAGAAGCCAUUUACAACAUUCUCGUUGUGCAGCCCUCGACAACCAGUGACUAAGAAUACUCUGUGCAGCUAAUUUAUCUCUCUAUACUCAAGUCUUUUGAAGGAAAUGUUCAAGAUUUGAACCAUAAACAAUAUAGCUGAAUGUAAUAUUUAAUUUUCUUAGGAUCAGAGUAUAAAAACAUGCAAACUACAGAUGCACUGAUCGGAUUUUGACUAAUGUACACUGGUCUUUUUAACAUACAUUUAUAUUUAUAAUUUCUUAUGGUUUAUAAAAUGCCCGCAACAAGGCAUCACCCUCAUAACAUCAGACAUAACUGUAUGUUUGUCUUAAUCCACAGAUCAGGUGAUGAGUAGUGUGUGAAAAAAAGCAAAGCAUGAAAUCCUUGUAAAUAAAUUUUACUUAUUUUUACUUUA